AUGGUGGACACCGGCAGCAGCUUCGCCAUGACCUACGCCUUCUGCUCCCAGUUCUCCAAAGGCGUCUACGCCAUCAUGGGCCUGUACGACCGGCGCACCGUCAACAUGCUGAUGUCGUUCUGCGGCUCGCUGCACGUCUGCUUCGUCACGCCGUCCUUCCCCGUCCACACCAACAACCAGUUCGUGCUGCAGCUCCGCCCUCAGCUGCAGGAGCCGCUCAUGGCGCUGCUGGAGCACUUCUACUGGAGCCGCUUCGUCUACAUGUACAGCUCCGACUCAGGUCUGUCGGUGCUGCAGAGGAUCCUGGACACGGCGGCCGAGCGCGGCUGGCAGGUCACCUCCGUCAACCUGGACACGCUGACCGAGGCCGCCUUCAUCAAGCUGCUGGCCGACCUGGACUACAAGAAGGACUUCCAGAUCAUCAUCGACUGCGAGCUGGAGCGCCUCAACUCCAUCAUCAACCUGAUUGCUGCUCAGAAGAGGAACCUGAAGAACUACCACUACAUCCUGAACAACCUGGGUUUCUUGGACCUGAACGUCACCGAGUUCCAGAAGCUGGGUCCCAACGUGACGGGCUUCCAGCUGAUGAACCGGUCCGACCCGCUGGUGGAGAAGGUCAACCAGGACUGGCUGGACUUCGACAGCAAGGACCUGAAGUUGGCCCGGAGGAAGCUCAAGUACACCGGAGCUCUGACCUACGACGGCGUCAGCGUCAUGGCGACAGCCUUCCAGAACCUGCGGCGGCAGCGGAUCGACAUCUCUCGCCGCGGUAACGCCGGCGAGUGUCUGGCCAAUCCGCCGGCUCCGUGGGGGCAAGGCAUCGACAUCCAGAGAGCCCUGCAGCAGGUCCGUCUGGACGGCGUGACGGGUCGCGUCCAGUUCGACGAGCGAGGCCACCGGACCAACUACACGCUGUCGGUGAUGGAGCUGAGCCACACCGGACCCAGGAAGAUCGGCUACUGGAACGAGAAGCGGGGCUACGUGAACACGGCCGUCUACAAGCCGGUUCUGGAGGAGUUCCACGGCCUGCAGAACAGAACCUACGUGGUCACCACCAUCCUGGAGGCGCCCUACAUGAUGCUGAAGAAGAACCACGAGCAGUUCGUGGGGAACGACAAGUAUGAAGGCUACUGCGCAGAACUGGCCUCAGAAAUCGCCAAACACGUGGGCUUCAGCUACCGGCUGGAGCUGGUGGGCGACGGGAAGUACGGCGCCCGAGACUCAGAGACCAAGAUGUGGAACGGCAUGGUGGGGGAGCUGGUGUACGGGAAGGCCGACGUCGCCGUGGCGCCGCUCACCAUCACUCUGGUGCGAGAGCAGGUCAUCGACUUCACCAAACCCUUCAUGUCUCUGGGCAUCUCCAUCAUGAUCAAGAAGCCCACCAAGUCCAAGCCGGGCGUGUUCUCCUUCCUCGACCCGCUGGCCUACGAGAUCUGGAUGUGCAUCGUGUUCGCCUACAUCGGCGUCAGCGUGGUGCUCUUCCUGGUGAGUCGCUUCAGUCCCUACGAGUGGCAGGGAGACGAGUCCGACGACGAGGAUGAGACUCUGCCCUCCUCGGCCUCCCGGAGACCUCUGCCCACCUCCUCGUCUGAGCUCACUCAGUCUCCAGGGCUCUCCCAGAACCAGAACCAGCAGAAGGAAAAGGAGGCUCCAGAACACACCAAUGACUUUGGGAUCUUCAACUCUCUGUGGUUCUCUCUGGGAGCGUUCAUGCAGCAGGGCUGUGACAUCUCGCCCAGGUCUCUGUCGGGUCGAAUCGUGGGAGGAGUCUGGUGGUUCUUCACCCUCAUCAUCAUCUCAUCGUAUACCGCCAACCUGGCCGCCUUCCUCACCGUGGAGAGGAUGGUCUCGCCCAUAGAGAGCGCCGAGGACCUGGCCAAGCAGACGGAGAUCGCCUACGGUACUCUGGACGGAGGUUCCACCAAAGAGUUCUUCAAGCGCUCCAAGAUCGCCGUGUUCGAGAAGAUGUGGUCGUACAUGCGCAGCGCCGACCCGUCGGUGUUCGUCAAGAACACCAACGAGGGCGUGAUCCGGGUCAGGAAGUCGAAGGGCAAGUACGCCUACCUGCUGGAGUCGUCCAUGAACGAGUACAUCGAGCAGAGGAAGCCCUGCGACACCAUGAAGGUGGGAGGAAACCUGGACUCCAAGGGCUACGGCGUGGCCACGCCCAAAGGAUCUCCGCUCAGAAACCCUGUUAACUUGGCAGUGUUAAAACUGAACGAGCAGGGCCUGUUGGACAAAUUGAAAAACAGAUGGUGGUAUGACAAGGGCGAGUGCGGCACCGGGGGAGGGGACUCCAAGGUCAGAUCACCAAUCCCAGUAAACCUAGCAGUACUGAAGCUCAAUGAACAAGCCGUCUUAGACAAGUUGAAAAACAAGUGGUGGUAUGACAAGGGGGAGUGUGGACACAAGGACUCCGGCAGAAAGGUCAGUUCUGGAGGUCGCCCGGCCUCCGCCAAGGUCAUGUGUUGGUUUUACCCCCCACCUGCCCCCACCUGCCCCCCACCUGCCCCGUCCUCCGUCAGACCCCAGCAGGUACACUCUGAAAGACCUUUACGCUCCAAUCACCCUCCGAGAGACUUCAGGAAAACAGUGACCGGGUCCAGCCAGUCCCUACGAGUCCUCCCGGAUCCGUCCUGUCACACGACCACACGAAACCAGAACCGGACAUGGACCAUGGAUGACGGUCAUGUGGUGCGUUAUGAUGAGCUGUUUGGAGGUUCAGCCCUCAGCAUGGACCUGGCUGUGUCCUCACCACUGCUCAACGUUUCUCCUCCCUCUGUCCUGCAGGAGCUCAUCGACGCCGCCAUGAUGAGCACCACCCUCGGACCGUCGGCGCUCGGCGGCGAGAACGGCCGCGUGGUGGCUCAUGACUUCCCUAAAGCCGGAGCUCAGGGGUUACCCUGCAUGAGCAAGGCCGCCGGGCUGGGACUGUCCUCCACGGGCAUGUGA